AUGUUAAAGGUACAACAAAGAUUUGGAAGAAGAAUAGAAGUUGUGGACACCCCUGGACUUUUUGACAGCUCCCUUAAUGAUGAAUCAGUGUAUAAAGAAAUAGCCAAUAUUGUAGGGCUGACAUUGCCAGGCUUCAAUGCUAUUUGCUUGGUUCUGAAACCAGAAAGAUUUUCUAUGCAAAUAGUAAAAACUGUUGACAUUUUCUUGAAAUUUUUUGGAAAAGGCAUUGAUGAAUACGCAUUUGUCAUUUUCACUUACAUGGCCUCUGAAGCAGAAAUGAACAAAUACAUAAAUGGAGGAGACGAAAAGCCUGAUGACAUGGGGCAAAACGCUUUUCAUGAGCUUAGAAAACGCUGUAAAGGAAAGAUGUUGUUUAUCGAUAACAGCAAAUAUCGUAAAGAAGAAAUGGUUUGGAAUAUUUUAACAGCUGUAGAUGAAGCCAAUGCCAAAGCACCAAAGCCAUACUUCCAAAACAAACUUACCAGAGAGAUACAGAAAAGAGCUACAGACUUUUACCUGAAUCAAGUCUGUGGCAAUGGAUCUGAGCGAGCCAAAGAAGAUUUAAGAAUUCUCCUCCUUGGACUUCCUGGCCAUGGGAAAAGUGCAACAGGGAACUCACUUCUGGGAGAAACCCUGUUUACUGAAAAGGCAACAAAUGAGUCUGGAGAGAAAGCAGAGGUGAACAUACUAACAAAGAACGGGGAAAAUGCUUGUCGCAAAAUAGAGAUUGUGGAAUUCCAAGUGAAGGAUCCGUCAAGCCCAUGUGACACAGAUUUAAGGGAGCAACUCUUACAAGCAGAGAGAAUGUUGAAACCAGGAUUUCAUGCACUUUGUUUUGUAAUAGAUCCAAAUAAGAUAUCUGAUCUGAAAGACCAAUUCAAAAGAAUCAUGGAAUACUUUGGAGACGACGUUAAUGAUUACGCUUUUGUUAUAUUAACUUUUACUAAAAGUGAAGAUGACCUUGAAAAAAACUUUCCUUCCAUUAUUGAGGACAAACAUGCAGAACUGACAUCUGUUUUGAAAUUUUGUAUUUCCAAAGAAUUGUAUAUAGACAAUAAAGUCUCCCAAACAGAAAAAGAAGAGAUGAUAAAAGAUAUAUUUUCUUCCAUUGACAGUUCAAAUGUGAAAAAGUUUAUUCCUUACUUCAGUUCGCGUUUUAAACAAGACACUGAAGCUGCUGAAGCAUUAAGAGCUGCUGAAGCUGCUAGAGCCGCCGAAGCUGCAAGAGCUGCUGAAGCUGAAAGGGGUGCUAAAGCUGCUGAAGCUGCUAUAAUAGCUGCAGAAGCUGCAAAAACAGCAAAAGCUAAGAAAAUUGCUGAAGAGGCUAUAGCUCGUGCUAAUGCUCAGAAAGACAUUGCUGAAGCUGCUGUUCAAGCUGCUAAAGAUCAAAUUGCUCACUUCAGUUUGCGUUUUAAACAAGACAUUGAAGCUGCUGAAGCAUUAAGAGCUGCUGAAGCAUUAAGAGCUGCUGAAGCUGCUAGAGACGCCGAAGCUGCAAGAGCUGCCGAAGCUACCAGGGCUGCUAAAGCUGCUGAAGCUGUUAUAAUAGCUGCAGAAGCUGCAAAAACAGCAGAAGCUAAGAAAAUUGCUGAAGAGGCUAUAGCUCGUGCUAAUGCUCAGAAAGACAUUGCUGAAGCUGCUGUUCAAGCUGCUAAAGAUCAAAUUGCUAGAAUUGCUACACAAGCAGAAGAAGCAGCUAAAGCUGCAGAAGUUGAACGCAAAAACCAAAGACAAAGAGAAUAUGACGCUGCAGAAGCUUUUAAGAGUCAACUUGAAAAAAGGGCAACGGAAGAAUAUGAAAUAAGGCUGAAAGCAGCUGAAGAGAAACAUAAACGUGAAAUGCAAGAAGCUGAAGAUAACCACAAGCUUGGCUUGGAAAGAGCUCAAGCUAAAGCUAAACGUGAAUAUAAAGAUCGUGUAAUGGAACUUAAAAGGAAUGCAGAUGCACACUCGGCUAAAAAGUUGAAAGAAGCUGAAGAUAAAUAUAACAGUGAAAAGUCAGCAGCUGAAGAUAAAGUUAAUCGUGAAAAAUUAGAAGCUUUAGAAAAAGCUAACGCUGAACUUGCAGCUGAAAAAAAAAAAUGGAAAUGUACAGUUUCAUAAAAAAUUGUGCAUAUCCAUUCUAUUUAGAUAUUAUAAACAGUUUGCUUAGUUAACAGAAUGAUGUUUAUAUAUUGGCUUAUUAGAAGAACUUGAUUUUGUUUUAAUGUUCAAAACAAUCUGUUUUCUUUCACUUGAAAAUAAAAUGUGAU